ACUGCCGUAACCACUGAAAACGACAAAAAAUGAAAAUUAUUGAAGAGAAAUUAAGAUGCGUUCUUGUUCAUUUGCUCUUCAGUCUUCACAAACAAAUUAUAAACCUCUUUAAUUCCUGAUGGUCAUCUCAUUUUGCUUGUCACUACGUACUCCUGAAAUCCUUCUUUAAGUCUAAUGAACACAGUCGUUCAGGAUCCUUCAGCCGAUGCUAUUUUGAAGUGCAUCAACCACACUCUUAUGGAGGAAGAGUUGGAGGAGCAAAACUGCUGCAUUUUACAACACUACGCUCUCGAUCUCCAGGCUGCUGAAAAGUCCUUCCAUGAUAUUCUUGGUCAGAAAUGUCUCCCCUUUACCGAUUUAGAGAACCCAGUUUCCGCUUGCAUGUUUGCGGCGGAUUCUAGCUUGAUGAUUCGCGAUGUUCAUGAGCAUGAGUCCUCAUGUGUAACUGCUACACCUUUGCCACUCGGUUUGGAGUCCAAUGCAUCCCCUUUUUUUCCUCCUCCUGGUAUCGUUUCUGAAACCGAGAAUUUGCAGUCCAUCAGUGGAUGCAAAGUGGAAACUGGAAAAGAAGUGAUUCUUGAUUUUGCAAACAAUAGAGUGACUCCUGUGGCGGCGGCUAAGACAACUAAAGGUAAAAGGGGCACUGAUGAUCAUGAGUAUGAUUUCUUUAACACUAAUCCUUCAGUCAGCUGGAUACUGCAUCCCAAUGGACAAUCAAGAGGACACAAUGGUGAAAUGACUCGCAGGGUUAAAACACGAAAAUUGGUUGAUCUCUGCACUCUUUUGCUUCAUUGUGCAGAAGCUGUAGCCGUCAAUGAUCACAAAACAGCGAGUAAACUACUAAUGCAGAUUAGGAAGCAUUCUACUCCUUGUGGUGAUGGAUCCCAGAGGCUUGCCCAUUGCUUUGCUAAUGCUCUUGAGGCUCGAAUCGUUGGUCGUACGAGUGAGGCAUUUGCUGCUUCUAAGUUGCCGGCUACUUGCAUGUUGGAUGCUUGGAAGCUCCUUUUUUCAGCUUGCCCUUUCUUGAAUACAUCGAAUUUCUUCGCAUUCCAUACAAUUAUGGAAGUUGCAGAGAAAGCAGACAGGCUCCACAUCAUACACUUUGGUGUCGUGUAUGGUUUCCCCUGGUCCUCCUUAAUCCAGCAUCUCUCAACAAGACCUGGAGGGCCUCCUGUUCUUCGUGUUACAAGAAUAGAAAUCCCUGAACCUGUUUUCGAUUCAGCAACAAAGCUUGAGGAAACAGGAAGUUACUUGGCAAGUUUUUGUGAGAGACUUAAUGUCCCGUUCGAGUACACUGCAAUAUCCAAAAAAUGGGAAAGCAUCCGAUUUGAGGAUUACAAGAUUCAUAGAGAUGAAAAGACCAUAGUUACAUGUUUAUAUCGAUCCAGGAACCUGCUUGAUGAGACAAUAGAUGAAACAGACAUAAACUGUCAGAGGAAUGACAUUCUAAACAUGAUACGGAGGAUGAAUCCAAGCGUGUUCAUUCAUGGGAUAGUUAACGGCGGCUAUAAUGCUCCCUUCUUCACGACGAGGUUUCGAGAGGCUCUUUUCUACUUCUCAUCGCUGUUUGAUAUGCUUGAAGCCAAUGUAUCCCACAAUGUUCCAGAGAGGAUGGUGCUUGAGCAAGAGAUAUAUGGAAAGCGGAUAUUGAAUGUGAUAGCUUGCGAAGGAUCAGAGAGGCUUGAAAGACCAGAGACGUACAAGCAAUGGCAUGUUAGAAAUUUGAGAGCGGGGCUCAGGCAACUGCCAUUGAAGCAGGAGAUGAUGCAAAAUAUGAAGGAACAAGUGAAGUUACAUUACCAUAAGGACUUUUUGAUGUAUGAAGAUGGACAUUGGAUUGUUCAGGGAUGGAAAGGACGAAUCUUAUUUGCUCUUUCUUGUUGGAAAUCUGCCUAGCAUUUCCAAAGAAAAUUAGGUUUAUUUUUGAUUUUAACUUUGUUAAAAUAAGGAGGAAUUAGAAAUAUCCAAAGAAAAUUACAGUUUAUGUAAUACUAAUUCUACUAAUGAAUCAUAAAACUAGUUAGAUUAUUUGCAUUAAUGAAUAAAACUGUUAGCAAAAUUGGAAUAUAAAAUUACUAACAUCUUUUAAUUAAUAAAAUAUUAAUUAUAAGCGAAUUCCUUGUCC